AACUUGAGAAGUUGUAUUAUUAUUCAAUUAUUCUAAUCCCUUAGAAAUCAACAAAUCCAAACCCAAACCCAAAUCACCACUCUCCGCUUCUUCAAUCGCCGCCCUACAAUGUCCGAAGCACCGUCUCAGCCACCGCUCCCAACAACCGACUCGCCGUCGUACUGGUGCUACCACUGCGAAAAACGCGUCUCCAUCGAAACGCUCGCCAAUCUCCCAGACGUCAUCUGCGGCGAGUGCAAAAACGGCUUCGUUGAAUCCAUCCCAACUCCUUCUCGCUCUCGCUCCCCUUCAUCCUCCUCCGACGACCCCUACUUUGGCUCCCAGUUCCUCCAGGUCCUUCGCCUAAUCGCACAAUCGGCGCGUGACGACGACGCGUCUCCUCCUCCUCCUCCCAACCGCUCUCCGGAGAACGACUUCCUCAGGAUCGAGCUCGGCGGCUGGGACAACGAUGACGAGAACGACGACGACGACGACGGCGUCGAGUUUCACAACGACGGCGAAGAACACGAAGGAGAUGCGGAGGAGCAGGAAGAGCGAUCCGGCAACGAGGAUCCACACGGAGACGAUGAAGAUCUGAGGCGAAGACGGCGCGAGCUGCUUCGGCUUCGGAUUAGGGAUUUGGCGACACGAACGAGGAGCAUGCGGAACCGGAUCUUGGAUUGGGCCGAGAUUCUGAUGGGCCUGGAAGAUAAUUCCAUAGAGUUCCGGCUCCAGUUGCCGGAAUCGGACCGGUACGUCGGAAAUCCGGAGGAUUACGUGGACGCGGCGGAGUACGAGGCGUUGCUGCAGACGCUGGCGGAGAGCGACGGAGGAGGGAGGAGGGGAGCUCCGCCGGCGUCUAAGUCGGCGGUGGAAGCGUUGUCGACGGUGAAAAUAUUGUCGGGAAGUGAGGUUGUGGUGUGCGCUAUAUGUAAGGAUUCACUCGGCGUUGGAGAGACAGCAAAGAGAUUGCCGUGUGGGCAUGAGUACCAUGGAGAUUGCAUCGUUCCUUGGUUGAGUUUUAGAAAUUCUUGCCCUGUCUGCAGGUUUGAGCUACCAACGGAUGAUAAAGAAUAUGAGGAAGAGAGAGUGGUUAACGCUUCUUCUGAUUCUAAUAACGGUAAUGGUGCUUCAAGUUCAGGUGGAGCUUCCACUGUUUGAUUCCACCUGGUAUGUUCUGUUCUGUUCUGUUCUGCUCUGCCAUUUGUGUAAUAUAUUUCGUUGCUGGCUUCUUCUAUCUUCUUUUGUUAAUUUCUCUUUUUUGUUAUUAGUGGAUUUUUAUCGAUGCUUGCACCAUGUUAUUUAUUUGGAACGUUUAUGUAGUUGGCUUCUUAGCUCUCGGAUGCUAAGAUACUUGUAUAUAGCAUUUGGAUUAAUGUGAUCAGAUCACACUGCCUCAAUGUCAAAAUUUGCAGUUUCUCCCUAUCGAUCUUGUUAGAGUUUUGAUUGUGAGCCGUGGCUUGUGAUUUUCUGCUCAAAUUUUGUUUUUCAUGAGAUGAACGAUCUUGUUGUUUAUGUAGAAGAAGAAAUAUUAUUUAGGACAUAGGGGAGGGAAAAAAGAAAGAGUGCAAGACAAAGCUUAAGAUAAGUAAAGAAAAUGACAAUUACAACUGAUCAUAAUGACAAUGGAAGCAUAUUGACCAGAUAGCGGACCUUUUUGCAUGUCUGAUAAAAAUAACCAUCUAUUGUCUAUUAUGUUAGCAAUAUAUAUAUGUAUAUAUGGGUUAGGAAAAUCACUUAUCCCUCGAAAGAGAGGCAUCGGCAAAAAUUUGACUUCUGAAGAUACACUCAUGAGAAUUAUGCUAGAAGAUAAAAGUAAAACUAACACUUUCAUCAUAUAAUUUAUUUCUGGAGUCAUUAGACUUGGAUUGUGUGUUUUGUGAGCAUUUGAUUUCAUGAUGGUCACUGCUCUAAUAACAAGCUAGGAUGAGAAUCUUAAUUCGAAACUUUUCUGUGGCCUGGAAAGAGGAACACAAUAAACAAUGCCAUUUGCCAAACAAGGAAUAAGGAAGUGGAACAUGACCUGACUAAUUGGCCUGAAAAUAUAAGUGAAAUGGAACAUGAUAUUAAUGUAUUAACAAGUUGACCAUUUUGAUUGAGAAUAUAAAUAUGUAGCAGUGCUAAAUAGAGUGUAAAAAUGGGAGAACAGAGUCUUGAACUUGGUGUUUCAGGAGAUUAUUUGUCCAUCUUCACAGGAUAGAUUGAUCUCUAAAGGUAACGUUUCUAUUUAACUUGGCAAUAUUUUAAAUUUUAAGCCUUCCUAAAAAUGACAGGCUGCAACUGUGAAUACACACACUAGAUAUUUUCUCUGCAUUUUGGACAGGGAGAGAGGAGUUGGGAACUGAUUCUACAACAUGUUACAUUUUGUUCCUUUGCGACUCUUCAACAAGAGUCUGAUAAUUUGGUUAAUCAAUUCACCUUCGAUUCUCUUGUGUAGUUAGUUUGUCAUCUUGUAACUGUGACACGUGUAGUCAUAGCUUAUCUUCAUAUUCAGUAAAUCCAUUGUCAUAGCCUUUAUUAUAUAUUUUCACAGUACGCGUAAGUUUUAGGUUUGCUAGCAUUUCCUUUGGUUCUUUUACCGCAUUUCAACAUUUUAUUCUCUAGGACUACGGCAGAUUGUUGCCUUCUUUUCUGUCGUGGGAAAUAUCUUCGAUAGGAAUAACUUAGGUUCAGAUAAGAUUAUUAUUAGCUUUGCCAAAAUUUGCCUCUUAUUAUUUAUUAAACUGCAAAUGGAAUUUCAACCUGGAUAGUGGAUUGUAUUGUGGAUCUUUAUAAGCCUCCGGUUGGAGAUUGAAGUCUGAGGAGAACGGGGGAAGGAUUUCAAAACGGAACUCAAGGGGGUCGGUGUCCAAUCAUUGUAGUUUGCAUCUUCGCAUUGUUUACAACAUUUUUAAAAUUUUGUCUUUCAAUGUAUCAAAUUCUAAAUUUUGUGCUAACUUAAAAAAAAUGUACACUUUAUAAAGAUUGAGAAACAUUGCAUCUGUUAACCAUAAAAGGUAACAAAAAAGG